UCCAGGCUGUCUUUAGCUCAGGCGGCUGUAUGCGGGGUGAGAGAGGGUUGUGCAAGAAGCUGGAAUCGGAGGGGAGGAAGAGAGAGCAGAGGCAAGGAGAGAGACGACCGAAGCUGCUGUUUUGCCUGAGAGGAGAGCUGCUCUUCGUCGCACAUUUUUUUCCCCCCCUGAAAGCUUUCAUCUGGCGGCCUCGCCAUGAACAUCUCAGACCAGAUCCCAUUCCUCUUCAGCUGCAACGUGAGUCCAAGUGUGACGCCAAAGCUGGACAUUGGCGUCACCAAAAGUGAGCCGCUGACCAUCGCCGUUCCCAUGACCAUCUUCUACAGCAUCAUCUUCAUAUUUGGGGUGUGUUUUAAUGGCGUGAGCAUUCUGACUCUACUCAUGGAUGCUCAUAUGAGAGUCAGCACCAUCCGUUUAUACCUGCUCAGUCUGGUUAUAUCAGAUGUUCUGCAGCUGUUGACCAUCCCAGUAACUUUAUACCGCUAUUACUGGGAGAGCUACCCAUGGCGUCUUGGCCAAGCUGUGUGCAAAGUCUACUUCAUGGUCCGCCAAAUGUACUGCGCCACCACCAGCUGGGUCAUCGUGAUCUUCACGACUGAACGCUACGCAGCAAUUUGCCACACCAUGUGGUCUGUCUCCAGCUUAAAGAAGUCUCGAGUGCCCUGCCUUCUAAUUGUUUGGAUUGUUUCCCUGGUAUCGGCCGUGCCCUUCGCUCUCGUCUAUGAUCAGGCAUGGGCUUGCAUUCUGGACUACACUGCAACCAGGCCAGAAGAUGCUUUUAAAGUCUCCACUAUGUGCGAAAUGACUGAGCCUGACCCUGCGCACAUGUACAAAGGGAUCAUCCUUCUGAGAGCGGCCUUCUUCUUUCUGGUGCCUCUGGUCUCCAUCUUUACGCUUUAUAUGCUCAUCCUGCUUUACCUAAAGAGGAAUAGUCGGCAGAGGAGGAACAUGGGAAUCAUGAGGCAGGAUGUGGAGGGAAGGCGAGAUGUCCAAUGCCACCAGAAUGGAAAGCUGCUCUUAAAUGAGAAAAGAGCACUCAUACUCAUGGGUGCUGUUGUGGUUGCUUUCUUUGUGCUCAACUUUCCUGACAUUGCGUCUUCGCUGAUGCAGGUCUACGUGGUCGUGUGGUCGGACACGGUGCUCUCGGUCUACACCGUCCUCAAAUCCUACCUGUCCCUUCCACUGUGGUACAUUAACGGCGCUUUAGACCCCGUACUCUUCUGCAUUUCCUCCCAUGCCUUUCGGAGGGCGUGCUUGAGAACACUGAGCAGACUCAGACCUCGUUUUCCCAGCCUUGGUACUUCUAGGAGUACCAAGGCUAGUGUCGGUUGAGAACAUGAAGUUCUAGUGAUGAUGUCAACAACAUCCAGAGAGGCUGAUUUAUUAUUAUACAGAAUAAGCAAAGAAAAAAAAGGGGGGGGGCACAAAAAAGUCAUUUGCAACAUUGAAUUUAUUCUUUCAUGCAUUUGAAAAAAAAAGUAUUUUCAUAUCAUGGUGUUAAUGUAGGAGUGAUUCUCAGUCUAAAACUGACUAAAUUAUUUUUUUUAAUCUGUGUUGCUUUUGAUUGUUUGUGCUGGUUAAAUUCCUCAGUAAUGUAAAUUAUUUUAAAGUUCUUUAAGGUGUUUUUCUGUAGCUGGUGUCAACAAAUGAAUGUCGAAAUGUCCAAGUGAAUGUGAAAAUGACGUUACUUUAACUUUAAAAAGCGCUAGAUAGAGACCACCUUCACAGGUUUCAGCUUAAAAUAAUGUGUAUGACCUUAAAAAAGCGACCUUGUUAUUGUUAUUUGUAACUAUUGUACAUAUGUAUUUUGCAGUAUCGUAAAGGAGGAAUCAAAUUUAAGUUAUUCUAUUUCUCUUGCAGUUCUAAGUUUACCAUCCAUUAGAAUUGGAGUAUACUGCCUCAUUUCUUGAGUUUUUUUAACUGCAUUUCUGCAGUCACAAGAGUGUUCAUUCAUGUGCAACACAGACGACGUUUCUAAUCUGAUUAAGAAAACAUAAAAAGAUGGAUUCCUUUAAAGAUUAAACAGCUAUGAAACCACCAACAAUCUGCACAAAGUGUAUCAUUACUAAUUUAGCAAAAACUGACUUGGAAAAGGACGACAAAGGGAAUAUAAUUAACUACAAAGUGCAAAACAAAAAAUACACACCUCUAAGUAUCUUUGAGUAUGUCUGAAUGAUUGGCAUCAGAAGCAGAGUGGUCUGUUUUUUUAAAAAGAAAGUUGGGUCAUUGGAUGUCUGCAGGAUCGUGCUCCACAUGUUUUAUGUGAAAGUGGUGACGACUUUCUUUGUGUGUGGGAGCAGCCUGCUAAAGAAGGACUGAUGUUCUUGGAAGGAACUCACUGGAUGGAUCAGAGACUGGCAUACAAACCCCUGCUGUAAUGAGCAAAAUGCAACCCCACCCCCUUACAAAUCACUGAGUAAACAGAGGAGCAGUCGGGGCAAAAGUUCCUGCCACCGAGAUGCAGGAUGAAGACACUCCAGAUGCCUUGGUACCAUCAGCCAUUAGAUUGUACAACUCCACUGUUAAGGUCAUACACGGUCAUGUUUACGCUCUCUGUAUUUACAUGUUUUUUUUUUUUAAAUACAUGCAUGUUAUUAACUAGUUAUAUUUCUUUUUAACUUGCUUACGUGCGCUAUGCAUGCAUGUCCUCAUUAGUUUUUGCCAGAUACAUGAAUUUCCUUCUGGAAUUAAUAAAGUUUUUCUAUUUUUCAUCUUUUUCCAUGCAAAUCACUGUAGUCCAACAGCUGUAAGAAAAGAGAGAGCUUAUUGAAAUUAAAAAGGCAACCACAAACUCCAACAAUGUAAUUAAACCCCCCAAAAAAAGUCAGUCGUCUAUUAGAAUUUGAUGUACUAAUGCAAUAGAGUGGGAUAGAAAGCAUCCAAAUUCAUCAAAUUGAAGUUUUUAAAAUAUUCAAAAUACAGAGCCCAUCAUUGUUAUUGAAGAGCCGUCUUGCAUCUUCUACAAUUGAAAUAUUGAAAGCUGGAUGUCAGCCUGCAGUUCAUGGUUGUACUUGAGCAGCAUUUUGUGCGAGAGUGAAACCUGAAGAGUUGUGACUCCCAGAGCUUAAUAUAUUUAUUCUGGUAUUUAAAUAAACAUAUCAGGUGAGAGAUUUGCUUUUUUUUUGGCUACAGAAAAAUCUAUAAGCUCACUAAAUUGGCAACAGAGCUAAAAAAUAAAUAAGAUGACAGAAAAUAUUCUGCAGAACUCAAAGGUUACUCAUUGAACAUCUUAACAGUGCCACCAUGUGGUUCUUUUCUUAACCUCAUCAUGGAGCAAAGUUGUUGAUGAAGGAAAAUAGUGCAUUGUGGAUUUUUUUUACAGUACUAUCAAAUACUGACUUUAGCCUCAUGACCAAUAACUUUGACUGUACUUCUUCCUCCUUUGAGCUUCACUAUUUCCGAUUUUUAGUUCACUCCAAUCCUCUUUAGUUUAAAUAAAUUACAAAAAUAAAAAA